CAAAGGGUCGACUUCAGUAAGAAAGGGCAGUGAAAUGGCGACCACGCUUCAGCACGUGUGCCACGUCCACCCGAUGGGAAUGCCGGACAGCGACGGGAAGGGAAGGAGUUGCGGUGCAUGCGGCCGGCCCAUCUUAUCGGAGAACCUUUAUGGGUGCCGCAGCUGCGCUUUCUUCCUCCACCGCUUCUGCGCCCUGCAGUACCCGUCAUCGCUUGAGGGUCACCCCGCUCACCAACAGCACCCGCUCCACCUUCUUUCUGCACCCGCCCAUCCCUCUGGCGCCUUCCGUUGCGACAUCUGCGGGGACAGCGGCAGCAGCGGCUUCAUCUACCACUGCCAGAGUUGCAACUUCGAUGCCCACUUCUUGUGCCUUCACAUGCCUCGGACGGCACGCAGCCGCGGCCGCCAGCACCCCCUUCGCCUCUUGUUCCGCCCACCUACCCAAGGCAGCAUCUGCUGUGACGCUUGCCGCCUUCAGAUACACCACUGCUGCUACAAGUGCAGCAAAAAUUGCGACUUUGCUUUACACCGAGGGUGCUUAGAAAAGCAUGAGCAACCGGCAACCAAAUCAAAGAAGAAAUGGACGAAAGAGAAAAUGUUAUGGGAAGUUACAAAACGGGUUGCGAGGAAAGUCAGCGUGCACCUACUGCUUGACGCGUUCGGUGGCUGGGGUGAAGUGGUGGACGUCCUGUUCUUCGGACCCGAGGACCUCGCGUUCUUGUGCGACUGCUUCGACAACCUCCCCGUCGAUACCAUCUUCCCCGGCGGCAACGGCGACUUCAGCGGCCUCGACGUGGUUACCGUUGACGACCUACCUGACUGCAUCGAUGAAGCUGACGAUAGUUUGCUGAGGAAGGCUGUCAAAUUGCUUCGGAAGUAUAUGGCAUCUUCCUCGGCCACCAAACCCCCAUCAACCAGCUCUUCUAACAUUGGCACUAUCACCAAGGAACAUGCACUUGAGUAA